GCUUUCGGUAGCCUACGUCUUUCCGAGGAUGGCCAGUAUCGACUUGUGGUAUAUUGUCUACUCCCUCAUAUUAGUCUCCUACAUUCUCCCCAUGAACACCAGCUGGGAGGGAACUGGUCGUGUGGUUCCCGUGAUGUUCGUGCUUUUUCGACUGCCAGCUGUCAUCAUUGUGAACCGACUGUACUUGGUCUUUGUCAGCAACUUGCCCUUUUUGGUUGUCAUGCUGUAUCGAGUCUGGACCUCAGAGCAUGAUGAAAGCUACGGCGGUCGAGUCCUCCCAGUUGGCAUCGAGUGCCUGCAUAUGUUGGUCUUGGUCGUUUUUGCUGCAGCCUUACGGGAUUAUUUGACUGGGAGAGUGGAGCUUGAGAUUCAGAACUGCAACGCAGUCACCCAGCUUAACGCUGCCUCUUCUCUACUCCAGCUAACCUGCGAUGCAGUUGUGGAGUUGGAUGCUGACCUGUGCCUGACAAAGCACUCGCAAGAGCUCGCUGCGAUGCUUCUUCGGGACCCCGGCGCGUCGCUGGAAGGCGUGCGCUUCACGGAUCUGGUACCACCAGCAGAGUCCGCAAGUGCUUUGAAGCAGCUGACACAUUUCC